AUGAGCAAGGACAAAGAGGUGAUGAGAGCCCCAGCCGACCCCGUAGACCAGGGCGAGCUUGGCUCUCUUCAAAGUCCCAAAAGUCCCAACAACGACGCAUCCCCACCACCGUUUCCCGAGCACGCCGGAGCGCUCGUGGAGAAAGACGAAGGCGAACUCAUCGACUUCAAGACCCUACACUGGUUACAAGGAGGCAUUGUACUGGUCGCCGAGACGGUGUCCUUAGGCAUCCUCUCGCUUCCAUCUGUACUCGCUACUGUUGGGCUCGUCCCUGGUAUCAUCCUGAUCUGCACGGUCAGCGCACUGGCAACCUACUCCGGCUUGCUCCUAGCCGAGUUCCGGAAGCAGUAUCCCUUUGUGCAAAACUUUGGCGAUGCUGUCGAACUUAUUGGAAAACCCAUCGGGAUGGGCUCCGUCUUUCGCGAGGUGUUCGGGUGGGCUCAGACUAUCCUGCAAAUCUUCCUCAUUGGAGGCCACAUCCUCAUGUGGACGAUAUGCAUGAACACCCUCACCAACGGCACCACCUGCACUGUCGUUUGGGCAGCGGUCGGUAUGCUCGUCUUCUGGGUAUUCAAUGUGCCAAGGACGUUGAAAUGGACGAGCUGGAUGUCAGCUGCUUCUGUAUUCAUCACAGUCAUUGCAGUUGCCAUUGAGAAGCCGAUCGGCAAUGAGGCCAUUGACGUCUUCAAGUCUCUCGGUUUCUCACCAGCAUUCCUUGCAGUUACCAAUAUCGCAGGCGCAUUCUCGUCAUUGCCGAGUUCAAGAAUCCUGAUGACUGGGCCCAAGGCACUGGCGUUCCUUCAGAUCACAGAUACGACGCUCUACAUCAUCGCAGCCGUUGUUAUUUACGUCUAUGUCGGGCCAGACGUUCCAUCUCCAGCACUGUCGGCUGCAGGCAGUGCUACAGUUCGUAAGGCUAUCUGGGGCGUCGCGAUCCCCACCAUCGCAAUUGCCGCUGUCAUUUACGCCCACGUCGCAUCGCAGUACAUCUUCACGCGCAUCUUUGGGAACACGAAGCAUGUUGUACGCAGAACACGCCUAUCCACGAUAUGGUGGCUGCUUAUCACCUUGAGUGUCUGGGGCCUCGGCAUGGUCAUUGCCGAGUCGAUCCCGAUCUUCAAUAACCUGUUGGGACUUGUGUCUGCUGCCUUUGCCAGUUGGUUCUCGUUUGGCCUGCCGGGUAUCUUUUGGCUCUGGAUGCACUAUGGCAAUUGGUUCACAAACUGGAAACAACGCUGUCGCUUCGCCGCGACGUCUCUUCUGCUAGUAGUAGGCAUCGUUCUGUGCGUCCUCGGACUUUGGGUUUCGAUUGAGUCCAUCGCCAAUGGUGGCGCUGGCUCUCAGCCUUGGACGUGCGAAAGCAACGCUGUAUAA